AUGGCUGAAGAUUACUACACGCGCGAGGAGGAUAAUUACGAGGACGAAGAGCUCGACCAGACCAGCUUCAAAUCAGUCAAAGAUGCGGUGUUGUUUGCCAUAGACAUCAGCAGCUCGAUGCUCACGCCUCGUCCAUCACCUGAUCCUAAGAAACAUGGCGACGAAUCACCCGCGUCUGCAGCCUUGAAGUGUGCAUACCAUCUGAUGCAACAGCGCAUCGUCUCCAACCCUCAUGAUAUGAUUGGCGUUCUGCUCUACGGAACGAAAUUAUCCAAGUUCUAUGAUGAAAAUGAGGACGACCAAGAAGAUCUGUCAUAUCCCCACUGUUAUCUGUACACGGAUCUUGAUGUUCCAUCAGCCCAGGAAGUCAAGCACUUACGGUCCCUCACAUCUCCAGCAGAUGGUGACGAUGACGUACGGCAGAUCUUGGAACCAUCGAAGGAGCCAGUUUCAAUGGCCAAUAUGCUGUUCUGCGCAAACCAGAUCUUUACCUCGAAGGCUCCAAACUUCUCAUCUCGACGACUGUUUGUCGUGACUGACAACGAUAAUCCCCACGCAGACAAUAAGGCAAUGCGGUCCGCCGCAACAGUUCGCGCAAGGGACUUGUACGAUCUUGGUGUCAAUAUCGAGUUGUUUCCCAUCUCUCAAUCAGAUCACGAAUUCGACACCUCUAAAUUCUACGAUGACAUCAUCUACAAAACAUCGCCCAGUGAUGGUGAUGCCCCGGCAUACCUACAGCCGGACACCAACGCAUCGACUGGUAAAGGUGACGGACUCACAUUGCUUAAUUCUCUAUUGUCUAGCAUCAACUCGAGAUCCGUACCCCGCCGAUCGCUGUUCUCAAAUGUGCCACUUGAGAUCGGACCUGAUUUCAAGAUAUCCGUCAAUGGAUAUUUGCUGCUCAAAAAGCAAGAGCCUGCCAGGAGUUGCUUCAUAUGGCAAGGGGGCGAGACUGCUCAGAUUGCUCAAGGUGUCACAACUCUAAUGUCCGACGAGACCGGACAGGAGAUCGAUAAGUCUAGCAUUCGAAAGGCAUACAAGUUCGGCGGUGAGCAGGUUUCAUUCAGCAUUGAAGAACAACAGGCGCUAAGGAACUUCGGUGACCCUGUGAUCCGUAUUAUUGGGUUCAAGCCCUUGUCAGCCCUGCCGUUCUGGGCCAAUGUCAAACACCCCUCAUUUAUCUAUCCCUCCGAAGAGGGUUACAUUGGCUCCACACGGGUCUUUUCUGCAUUGCACCAGAAACUUCUCGAUUCCGAGAAACUGGCUUUGGUUUGGUUUAUCCCCCGCAGAAAUGCCUCACCGGUCUUAGCUGCUAUGAUUGCUGGAGCUGAAAAGAUCGACGAGAAUGGCGUGCAGAAAAUUCCACCUGGGAUGUGGAUUAUCGCGCUUCCUUUCGCAGAUGAUGUGCGCCAAAAUCCAGAUAGUAAGAUUAACCGAGCAGGGGACGCAUUGAAUAAUGCCAUGCGGGAUGUUAUUCGCCAAUUGCAGCUUCCCAAGGCUAUAUACGACCCUUCAAAAUAUCCGAACCCUUCGCUUCAAUGGCACUAUCGUAUCUUACAGGCUAUCGCCUUGGACGAAGAUUUCCCAGAAUCACCAGAUGAUAAGACUGUGCCCAAGUACCGACAGGUUCAUAAGCGCGCUGGCGACUAUAUUCUUAAAUGGGCGGAGGAACUUAACUUGCAGGCCUCCGAGAUGUUUGACGGCUCAGCAGCCACCUCCACGCUGGUAAAGCGAGGUGCGAAGACCGAGCCUGCUAGCGACCACCCACCAAAGCGAGUUAAGAUUGAAGACAGCGCCCCUGGAGUGGAAGAUGAAGUAAAAAAGUGCUUUGACAAAGGCACUGUUUCCAAGCUUACGAUGGUCGUGCUGAAGGAGUUCUUGCAUUCGCAUGGGCGUGCCACAGCAGGGAAGAAAGCAGAUCUUGUAGAGCGAGUUGAGCAGUAUUUUGAGCAAAAGCUUUAA